AUGCAACUGGUUUGGGCCAGUAUCUCCAACGCGUUCGGUCGAAAGCCCCCUCUCUAUGUAUCCAUAGCAUUGUUCUUUAUCGGUUCCAUCAUUUUUGCUGUUGCACAAAAUAUGAGCACCAUUAUUGCUGGACGGGUCCUUCAAGGCCUCGGUGGUGGAGGAAUUGACGUUCUGGUUCAGGUGAUUCUUGCGGAUAUGACGACACUGGAGGAACGUUCAAAAUAUCUUGGCUUGAUGUCCAUUCCUACCGCCAUUGGCAUUAUCAUGGGGCCCAUUAUUGGCGCGCUUUUUGCUACAUAUGCUACCUGGAGAUGGAUUGGAUGGGUCAACCUGCCAUUUCUAGGAAUCGGGACACCUUUGGUGUUCUUCUUCCUCAAGCUUCGACCCGUCCCGCUCGAUGCUACGCUCUCCAGGAACUUGAACCGCCUCGACUGGAUUGGUAUGGCGCUCGUUGUUGUUGGAAUCACGAUUUUUGUUGUACCACUCAGUUGGGCGGGCUCUUUAUUUCCAUGGGUCUCCUGGCAAACUCUCCUUCCAAUGUUCUUGGGAGUUGCAGUGCUUGUUGUCUUUAUCCUCUACGAGGCAAGGCCUGCGGCACCCAUCAUUCCCCAUCGACUCUUCCACUCAAAGACCGGAAAUGUGAUGCUGGUAGGAGGCUUCAUCCAUGGCAUGGUUCUGGUCUCCCUUUUACAAUACUUGCCCUUGCUCUACCAAGCCGUGGAGCUCGAGACCGCAAUCUUAUCUGCUGUCUCCCUGCUGCCCACUGUCGUUGUCAGUGUGGUAUUCGCGGCCAUCUCAAUGAUGAUGGUCCCCUUUUUCGGAGGAUAUGUAUGGCUUCUACAACUUUCAUGGGCCAUCCUUACGCUGGGAACCGGCUUGUUGGCCCUCUUUGAUGUGGGGUCCUCGUCAGCCAUGCUGUACGGGCUUCCAAUUCUCUGGGGGCAGGGCGUUGUGUUACUAUGUCUCAAUAUUCUCCCCAUGCAAGCGAGUGUCAAGAAUGUCGACGACACAGGCUCAGCUAUCGGGCAGUUUCUCACCAUUCGCAUGUUUGGAGGUCUUAUCGGCCUCACAAUCUCUUCAGCAAUUUUCAACAAUGUUUUCGCAAAGUCAAUCUCUGAUACUACAGUCCAGUUGACGGGAGCCUUAGUACCUCUGAAAGAUGUCUCCAAUGCUGUGAACUUCAUUGACAAGUUGAGAUCAUUAGAAGUCUCUCUUACAACACUGCAUCAGGUUUUGAGAGUCUAUCUGAAGUGCUUCCAGACGAUUUUUUAUACAAUGACCGGCCUGAGUGGACUGGGAUUGAUGACUUCAGUGUUCCUGGAUGACAUUGAGCUGAAGGGGCAGAACCUUGGGAGUCAGCGCUUUGAGGAAUAG